AUGCCCACAGGUGCCAGAAAAGGGUAUCAUAUCUCCUUGAACUGGAGGUAUGUGGUACGCCUUGGGGAGCACAGCCUCACCAAGCUGGACUGGACAGAACAAUUGAGGGCUACCACCUUCUCCAUGACACAUCCCAGCUACCAGGGUGCCCAUCGGAACCAUGAGCAUGAUCUUCGACUCCUGCGGCUGGGCAGACCUAUCCGCCUGACCCAUGCUGUCCGACCGCUAGCCCUGCCAACUUCCUGUGCACCAAUGGGGACCAGGUGUCAUAUUUCAGGAUGGGGUACCACAAACAAGCCAUGGGAACCAUUCCCAGACCGGCUCCAAUGCCUCAACCUCUCCAUCGUCUCCAAUGGCACGUGCCAAGCCGUGUUCCCUGGAAGAGUGACAGAGAAUAUGGUGUGUGCAGGUGGUGAAGCCGGGAAGGAUGCCUGCCAGGGUGACUCAGGAGGCCCCCUGGUGUGUGGAGGAGUUCUUCAAGGUCUAGUUUCCUGGGGAUCUGUUGGGCCUUGCGGACAAAAGGGCAUUCCAGGGGUCUAUACAAAGAUAUGCAAAUAUGUGGGCUGGAUUAGAACAGUCAUCAAGAACAACUAA